AUGCUCUUCUUCAAGACUGCCAUUAUCUUCGCUUGGCCUUUAAUCAGUACUUCUGGCUUGCUUGCACAAAGUGGAAACAGCCAAUCAGGCUUCCCAGAGGACGGACCUCUAAUUUUACCGUACAAGACUCCUUCUUGUGGAUAUGACAACCCAGAUGAUGUGUGCACCCUUCCAUGUUAUGAAGAUUUCAGAUGCCAGAACUUAGACUUCAAUGUGUCGGUCUUCAGUUGUGCAUGUCCUGCGCAGUACUGUCCCGAUGGAAAAAUUUAUGGACCCCCAAAGUACAAUUCAGGUACACCACUGACUGAUGAACAAUUAGAGAAUACACCACAUGUCCAGGCUGCUUGCAACGGAUACGUUCCUACGGAAAUUGCCCCGUAUCACAAACAAAUUGCACAAAGCGGUAAAAAUCAGCCACACGACUUAGAGGAAGAAGAGGUGAAGAUUUUACCAUAUCAAGUUCCAUUUUGCGGCGAUAUUGAUCCGGAAUCGGUUUGCAGUAUUGAAUGUUAUGAGGAUUCCAACUCAAAUGUUGAGCAGAGCGAAGGUAUGAACAAAAGUCUCUCAUGCACCAAAUCCAAGAGACACAAGGAGCAUUCAUCCAAGAAGCAUAAGCCGAAACCUCAACCGCUUCCCUAUAACGAUGGGCAAAUCAAGAAGCACAAAACGAAACUUCAAGCACUUCCCUUUAAUGAUGGACAAAAUAUCUUACCGUACCAAACGCCACAAAUCUUACCGUACCAAACACCUGAUUGUGGACAGGUUCGAAAUCAACCCGAAUUUGAAUGCAAGUUCGUUUGUCCAUACGAUCCUCAAUGUCAAAUUCUUGGCUGGAACAGAACGAAGCUGCCUUUCACACCUCCCACACAAGUCACACCUCCCACACAAGUCACACCUCCCACACAAGUCACACCUCCCACACAAAUCACACCUUCUCCACCCACUGAAGAGACACCUCCCCUCCAGGGCUCCUUCUAUCCUCUGACAGAACUUCUUGACCAAGGUUCAAGCGGCGCUACAGUACAAUGA